AUGGACCCGCCUCACACACCGACUCCUGUUGGAGCUUCUCGAUCAUCACAUUCGUGCUCUUCUUCCCCUGGUCCAGCGAAGCGCCCCCAGCAAAACGAUUAUCCACUUUACACCGAUAACAGAUCCGGGAAUGGUCCAAUGGGCGGGUCGGGCCAAGAUCAGGUUUCGGCCACGUCCUUCGGGGCCCGCCUACAAACCCCCGCGCCUGAUAGCAGUGCUGGCAAAUCUAAGACCAACAAGCGCAAGAACCGCCGACGCAGACCGAAAAAUAGAAAGCAAUCAUUCCUCACCCCUGAUCCGGAAACACAUGACCGGCCUGGAACCUCAUCGGCAGCUGAUGGUGCUAGAGAGCCAAUGGAGGGCGACAGGCCAAACUCGAAAGAUGGCACGUCGUUUUUCAAAUUGGGUAGGAACUUGAGUAAUACUAGCUUGGAGAGCGAGGCUCUGUUGGAUCACAGAGACCAACCUAUGAUGCGACCGCGUCGCGACAGUCGCCAAACUUCAUCUUUCCGACCCAGCUCUCUAAUAUCCAGUGCCGUUCGAUCUGGCGAUCUACGGCCCCGAGCUAGUCCCGGAGGAGGGCGACCACAACAAUACCAAGACGAAGACAGCGACGGACUCGAGGCUACUGACCGCACCCCUUUGGUGCGAGCCACACCAGGGAGUACAUCAAUUCGACCUCGAUAUGGAUCAGACAUGCGUACCAGCCCACUUCCCUCUCACCCACGAAGAAGCUCCGGUCAAACGAUAUCGUCGCAAUGUUCGCCAAAUCACAGUACAUCAUAUUUUCCCGAGCAAGACCGCGAAUUCGAUGUUAACAACCCUCCCUCAAUGCCCGGUACGCCAAAGCUGGGACCGGAUAUGAACUACGAUGAUGCUAUGGUGACUGGCGUUGAGUUCGACUUUGCGCAAUCCAUGGAGAAUCACAUGGAUGCGUUCAAUCGGGCAAAUGACACGGUGAUCAACAUGGACAACAUGCCACAUCAACACUCCGCACCUUCGUCUGCUCGCGGUUCCCCGUUAUAUUCCCCACACGCACCUGAAUUUGGCUCGAGACGUCACACUGUUGCGAAUCUAGGUCUCCCAGAAGAUGUCUGUUUGCCUCCGGAAGAGUCAGAAUUGGGAGAUGAAGGGACCCAUGCUCCACGAGAUGAGACUGGGGAAAGACGACGACGCAGACAUCGACGGUGGCCGGAUUUAUCGGUGCUGGAAGAAUGGAGUCGAGAGGAGAAAGAAGAGCGCAAUGGGGAUUUACGCGUUAAAAAGAUCAGCGAGCCGAUGCUCAUUGAGGGUCGACUGCGACCACAGUAUAAGCUUUGGCGCCGUGAAGAAGAAGAGACACCUUAUCGGUUCACCUACUUCAAUGAAGAAUUCCCGAGCACCAUCCAUGCACAGACUAUUUCCGAGCUGGUACAACCGGGCGGUAGUUUCCGAGAAUUGUUCAUUCCAGACCCUCCAGAACUGGAAGAUUCCUCGUCCGAAGAAAGCGAUGAUGACAAUCAGUCUUCCAAUGAUUACACUGCCAAUCAUUCAAUCCACCCUCCUGGUAGUGGGCCUCGAGCAAAUACUUCUCAUGAAGAACACCAUACUACGAACGGUGUAGCUGUCUCGGGCACAUUAAAUUCUACCAACAAUGGACACAAUGCAAAUACCCCGGCCUCCACAGCUGACACGCGAAUGCAUCCGCGUUUGUCUGUUAUUAGUGAAGGACAUCCUGAAUCCAACCGGGGAAUCUCACCAUCAUAUUCGAAUGGUGUGAAGCCCAAGCGAUAUGGUCCUCGUCCAACAUUUUGGCUAGAUGUGCUCUCCCCGACAGAUGCGGAGAUGCGAGCAAUCUCGAAGGCAUUUGGUAUCCAUGCCUUGACUGCCGAGGAUAUCAUGAUGCAAGAAGCGCGGGAGAAGGUAGAGCUGUUCCGUAGCUACUACUUUGUGAACUACCGGACAUUUGAGCAGGAUACGAAUAGCGAAGACUACCUCGAGCCUGUCAACAUGUACGUGAUUGUGUUCCGCGAGGGAGUGAUUUCCUUCCACUUUUCUCAGACACCUCACCCGGCCAAUGUGCGACGGCGUAUUCGCCAGCUCAUGGACUAUUUGAUCCUGAGCUCCGACUGGAUCUCUUAUGCUCUUAUUGACGAUAUCACUGAUGUAUUCGGCCCGCUCAUUCAAGCCAUUGAGGAAGAGGUCGACGAGAUCGACGAGAUGAUCAUGAAAAUGCACUCGUCUAGUAAAGAGGGAUCAUCGAAUGACAGCGUGCCUCCUUCCUUUGCACCCGGUGAAAUGCUGCGGCGGGUGGGCGAGUGCCGCAAGAAGGUCAUGGGACUCUACCGACUGCUCAGUAAUAAGGCCGAUGUUGUUAAAGGCUUUGCAAAGCGUUGCAACGAGCAGUGGGAAGUGGCACCCAAAUCAGAGAUCGGCUUAUAUCUGGGUGAUAUUCAAGAUCACAUCAUGACCAUGACAGGCAAUCUGACCCACUAUGAAACUAUUCUUUCUCGGGCGCAUUCGAACUAUCUAGCGCAGAUUAAUAUCUUGAUGAACGAGCGUCAAGAACAGACAGCUGAUGUCUUGGGCAAGUUGACCGUUUUGGGUACCAUUGUUCUUCCCAUGAAUAUCAUCUGUGGUAUGUGGGGUAUGAACGUCAAGGUUCCAGGUCAGGAUAUCGAGAAUCUGUCUUGGUUCUGGUCGAGUAAGUCUCUCCUUGUCCCGCUCAUACAUUUACUUCUAACAAAUCUUAGUCACUGCCGGCCUGUUCGUUUUUGCCUUGAUCUCAUUUGUUAUCGCUAA